AAUUAAGCUGUGGAGUUAUAUAUACUGAAAUGGGUGUUUUUGAGGUGGAUCUAAUACCGCAGUCCACAAUUCACAACAAUUUGUUUAGUGACUGUUUGAAGCUACAGUGUUCUAGUCCCCUGUUCAAGCAGGAGACCCUCUACCAUUCAAGACAAGUGGUUGUUCAGUCUUUUCUUAAAAACCCCCAAUGAUGGAGCACCCACAAUUUCUGGUGGCAAGUCGUUCCCCUGGUUAAUUGUUCUCACUGUCAAGAAAUUUCUCCUUAAUUCCAGGUUGCUCCUCUCCUUGAUUAGCUUCGAUCCGUUGCUUCUUCUCCUGCCUUCAGGUGCUUUGGAGAAUAGGUUGACCCUCCACACUUCUUUGUGGCAGCCCCUUAGAUAUUGGAAGACUGUCAUCCUCUAAUCCUUCUUUUCAUUAAACUAGACAUGCCCAAUUCCAGCAACCGUUCGAUCCCGGUGCGAUUUCUAUCCAGCAGAGAGCAGUGUCUGUUUCCCAAGAGACUGUACGCUCAGUUUUGCCCCUUGCACAAUAAACGUGCCCCGUUCGCGGCUCGAAUCCAGAACGCCUACAGUUGGGUCAGCAGCUGGUGCUCCGGAGGGUCACUUCAAGGAGGAGCUGUGGAUUCAAUGGUUAAAGCUUAACCCAUGCUCAGAGACUAAAGGGGCUGUCAGCAGCACAUUUUGUUCUCACAAAUAUCCCUGCCCCAACCUGGGCUGCCGUGUGUGCGUGUCUCUCUCUCUCUCUCUCUCUCUCUCUCUCUCCCUCCUCCCUGUUUGCUCUUCCCUGUAACCGUGUAACCGAAACUCAACGGGUAAGAGAUCGGCGUGGAGGAGCGAUGGCUGCUUGGGAGUGUUGAGAAGAGAGAUUGGGCAAGGAAGGAAGAUCUGAACAUGCUUGUGGCUUCUUGGAGGGAACUGGACCUGCACAACAAGAUGUUCUUCCACAGAUCUUCUGCUAGAACAGUGUUUCACAACCUUUAGUGACUUUAGUGAUGUGGAUGCCAACUCCCAGAAUUACUGCGGCGUCAAAAAAGUGACUUAUGACCGUUUUUCACACUUAAGACUGUUGUGUCUGCACCCCCAGGGUCAUGUGAUUUACAUUCAGAUCAGUAGUGGGAUUCUGCCAGUUCUACCCGGUUCAGGUAAACCCACCCUCCGCUGACCCACCCGGACUUCAUUACGUCCUUUUUUUAAUGCUCUGUGCAUGCGCAGAAGGUCCUGAGCAUGCGCGGGGAGGUGGUUGCUCACAUUUGUGAACCGGUAGUUAAGUCAGUACCACCCCUGAUUCAGAUGCUUAGCAACCGACUCAUACAUAUUACGGUCGCAGUGUCCCAGGGUCAUAUGAUCCCCCUUUUAUGACCUGGCAAGCCAAGUCCACGGGAAGCCAGAUUCCCUUUAACUACCGUGUUCCUAACUUGUCAACUUGCAGGGAUUCGCUUACCAACCGCGGCAGGACAGUCAUAAAACGGAACUAAACUCAACUUAUUAAAGUUACCCUCGCUCAGCCACAAAAAUGAACUGAGUUUCCCUUAGCCAUAAAACCCCCCGGGGGGGGGGGCUUCCGUUGUGAUGGUAACCCUCUAAGGACCACCUGUGCUCCUUCAAGCCCUCUGGAGCUGGGCCGCCCUUUUGCAAAAUCACUGGAGGCAAAGACUUCAGAAUGGGACCUCAGAGGUCUUCUAGUCCAGCCCCCUGCUCAAGCAGGAGAACGUCUUACCAUUUUAGAUAAGUGACUGUCUCUUCUUCAAAAAAACCCUCCAGCGAUGAAAUCUACCCAGCCGGCUUCUCUGUGACUGCCUCCCUCUGGCCGAACUUCAGCCUCCCAUCUGGAAAAGGGGAUGGGCAGGUAUCUCCCCCCCCCCGAGGGGGCGUGGCUUCUCCUCCAGCUGUUGGUGGCCCAUGUGCUUUGAACACCUUGGAGAAGAGAGCAGUGACCGGCUGGGAAGGGCGGGGAAGUGCUGGUGGGCUCUCAGGGCAGGGGGGGGAGUGGGCUUUAUAACUUGGCAGGCGGUGACUCAGCCGUGUCCAGUCCGGGUCCCCUUCGUCUUGCUUUUUUGGGGAGGGGGCUGCAGAAACCUCGGUGGGGAGAACUGAAGAGUCUGCCAACGCCAUGCAACCUCCUGAGCUUUGGCUACUGCUCUUCCUCCUACAACUGACAGCAUCUUUUCGGUCUCCGUUCCUCAUCUCGGAGGGUGACCAGGAGCGGCUGCCAUGCCCGGCCGAGUGCCCCCCCCACGAACACGGCCGCCCCCUGUGUGCCUCCGACGGGAAGUUUUAUAUGUCGCUCUGCGCCUUCCAGGAAGCCCGAUGUGAACGUCCCAACCUGCAGGUCUGGCCUCGUUUCCGCUGCAGAGGAGCUGCCCAGCGGGAUAACAACAGUGCCAAUUUGACUCGUUGCCAAGAAGACCGGGCGACUGCCCUCGCCAAAUCCCGGCGCCAGGCCCACGCCCUGUACGUGCCCGAAUGUAGUGAGAACGGCGCUUUCCUGGAGGUCCAGUGCCAUAAACAGACCGGCUACUGUUGGUGCUCUACCCCGCAAGGGAAGCCCAUCGCGGGAACGUCUGCCCUGAACCAAGCACCCAAUUGCACAGGAAUGAAUUCGGUGGGAACUUCAUGGCAAGAUGCCCAUUCUUCUAAGCGAGAAGAAGGUGUCGCCCCCAGGCCUACUCAGCCAAGCCCUGUGCCCCGCAGGCAGCCAGAAGGCACCACCCUGCCUUUCCUGAUUCCCAUCAUCCUUCCGGAUUUCAAGACCAACCACACGGCGAAACCGGCUCAAGAAUAUCCGCCGUCGUGCGAACAGGAACGGCGGGAAGCCAUCCACGAGGCCCGCCAGCACCAACAGGAGGGCACCUUCAUCCCAGAGUGCGAAGGCGAUGGCACCUACAAGGAAGUGCAAUGUCACCAAGCCACAGGCUACUGCUGGUGCGUGCGAGUGGUCAGCGGCCGCCCCAUCCCAGGGACCUCCACCCGAAACUUUCCUCCGGACUGUGAAGCUGAUACAGCUACCAAGAGCACGGAACUAGGGUCCUUGUUCCGAGAUCGGAUCCUGCCAGGUUGUCCCGGGUCAAAGAAAACGCAGUUCCUUACCCAACUGAUCAAAGCGUUGAGUUCUCACAUGCUGCAAUCGAGGCUGAUGACCAUUCCGUACCGCAGGUUUCCGGAUUCCUUGGCAGCUCCCAGCCUGGAAGACCGGGCCGUGCGCUGGCAGUUCACCCACCUGGACCGAGACUUCAGCAACGGCGUGAGCGAGCGGGAGUUGCGUCCCUUCAAGCUGUACAUGAAGCAAAACGCCCGGCCCAAACGUUGCGCCCGGAAGUUCCUGGAUUACUGCGAUCUCAGCGGCAACAAGUUGAUCUCGCUGCCCGAAUUCAGAGGCUGUUUGGGGCUCAGCUAACCCUCCGGUUUUCUCUCCCCAAAAUGGCAUGCAGUCUCUCUUUGUCUCUCCGAGUUCCUGCCUUCGAUUGCUGACUGACCUUCUGCACUUUAAAAAGGUGGACUGGAUUUUCUGCCAAGAAUUAUGAGGAUAUUUUUUUUUUCUGGCAGCGGGGAAGAAUGAGCAGAAUUGGUGACGGCAAAGCCCACCCACUCAUUCCCCCCCCCCCGGUUUUUGCCUCCUUUCGCUUUAAAAACAUAGAUUAAAAAGGUAAUCCGCGGCCUUCCUAGAUUUUGUUAAUAAUGAUGAUUAUUUUAAUCCUCGCUUUAUUUGUAUGGUGUCCUUGGAAAGGGAAAAAUAUGACCGAUGGUGGCCUUUCUCUGAGCGUUUUUAAAAAGAUGUAUGUUUUGGGGUUUUUUUUUUGUUUGUUGGUUUUUUUAAUAAAAGGGCGAUUCGUCUUCUAAGCCCCUGGCGCUGGGGAAAACAAUAAGCCGGAUUUUAGAACCAACUCUAGUCUUAUCUGCGUGGGCUCUUUGAAUCAAUAAAUUAUAUACAAGGAAGAAAUGGAUGCUCUUUUAAAUGUUGUUUUCUGGUUUCCAUUUAAUGGGUUUAGCCUGCCUUCCACAACCUGGGCUCUGUGCUGUG